GCCAAAGGUAAGCCAAAUUCACCACACACUUGUGACUUGACGCUACUCAAUAGUACUCUUUUGAUCCAUCAAUGGCUUCCACUACUUUGAUUUCCCAUUCCUUAAUUCGUAACAUUACUAGAUUCGCUGCAAAAUCAUCUUCAUCAUCUUCAUCUCUUCUUUCAAAUCGUAAUAAAGUUGCAUUGUUUGAUUCUUUUUUGCAGCAAAAGAAUCGAUUCCGAUACUUCUCAAUUACAUCAUCGAUGGCGUCUUCUUCAGAUUUCAAGGAAUCUCCUUCCAAAAAUCCAGGUCUUCAAGCUAUACCUGAUGAGGCUACUAAGGGUUAUAUCAUGCAACAAACUAUGUUUCGAAUUAAGGACCCUAAAAUCAGUUUGGAUUUCUACUCUCGUGUUCUGGGCAUGUCACUUCUUAAGAGGUUGGAUUUUCCUGAGAUGAAAUUUAGCUUAUACUUCCUGGGUUAUGAGGAUUCUUCUUCAGCCCCAAGUGAUCCAGUGGAUAGAACGGUUUGGACCUUUGGUAGGAAAGCCACAAUUGAACUUACCCACAACUGGGGUACAGAAGGUGAUCCUGAGUUCAAAGGUUAUCACAAUGGAAACUCAGACCCUCGUGGUUUCGGACACAUAGGGAUCACUGUCGACGACAUUUACAAGGCAUGCGAGAGAUUUGAACAGUUAGGCGUCGAGUUUGUGAAGAAGCCUGAUGAUGGUAAAAUGAAGGGUAUUGCAUUCAUAAAGGAUCCCGAUGGCUACUGGAUUGAAAUUUUUGAUCUUAAAAGGAUCGGAGCUGUCACUAGUGCUGCUUCUUGAAGCUCUCCUCUCGGUGGCUUUGCCGAAAUAUACAAGUAGAUAAUUGUUGUGAUGGUGCCUCUUCAAUUUUCUCCCGUUCUUUGCGGUUUAGGUUUCAGUUUCCGACCCUUUAUACGAAACCUAAACCUUGUUCAGAUACUUUAAGUCUUCGUUCCGAAAUUUCUUUGAAUACAAAUUACAAUUUAGUUCACUUGUCUUAGAAAUAAUGAAUCUUAUACCCUUGAUUGAUACUAAUCCAAGGUAAUACAAGAUUGUAACUUAACUUUCUCUUCUAAUGAUUUUUCUUGUGAAAUAAAAGCAUAGCUACGAGAGGGCUUAGAUGG